AUGACUAAUCCUUGGGUUGGUCGAUUUCCAUUUGAAAUGAAAGUAUAAAAAUAGAAAAAAGAAGACUUGCAUUCACCGAAUAGAAGUGAAAUAGAUUUCUUCAAUGUUCCAUCGAUAUCGGCUUCUGUUGUUAUGCAACCAAAAACAGUAUUCGAAGCUCUAAAAGCUUUGAUGUUUAGAUAAAAGGAGAACUCUGUCUCCUAUGAUGAGUUCUAUUCAUUUUCUCGCAGAUUAUACAUCUGCGAAGAUCCUGUAAGCAAUUUAUACAAUAUUAAGGAUUAAAGUUUGAGAGUAUUCCGUUAAAUAGCAGGACAAUCAGAAAUUAUUUAAUUAGAGGAUUUUUUUUAAUUUCUCUCCAAGGAUCUUUUAAAGUUGGAUCUCACUAAAAUGACUCAGUUUGAGCUUGUGAUCAGAAUAGCUUUGGAAUUGUUUUAAAAUAUGUGUGAUGAUGAUAAUUAAUUGGAUUUGAAGAGAACAGUUCAUUUUAUAAAAGAAGAACUCUGUGAAGACAUAGAUUUUUUGGAAACAAUAGACAUGUUUGGUUUUGUAUAAGAUCUAUUCUCUGGUAAUUUAGUUACAAAGAUAUCCCUUCAGGAUUUUUUCUAAAAGGUUGGCCCUUAAAUCAGGAAAGCCUUAAGCAGUAUAAUAAUUAGGAAAAUCCAAUAGAUUGUUGGAUUUAAGAAAAUUCAAUUCCACACUAGAUAAACAAACCAAUUUAUUCAAAAUAAUUAAGUUAAGUCUGAUAUUUAAAAAUUGCUGCAAUAAAAUUUUAAAAUCAAUUUUGAUGUCGAAAUUGAUGAAUAACCAAAAUAGCAACAACAAUAGAAGGUUUAAUAAGAUCAAAUUGUUAGUUUACUUCAAUAAAGCAAACCCAAAAUAAGAGGAUGGCUAUAGAGAUUGUCAAUAAAAAAAGCAAACAAAUGGCAAUUGUUAUUCUUACAAAUAGAUCAAAGUACAAGAUAUCUAAGAGCAGUUAAACCUGAAUCUAUUAAGAUUAAUCAUUCUGUUCAGAAUACUGAAUUUAUUUGUUUAUUAGAAUUGGUCACAGUCCCUACCAAAGGAGUGCAUAGGAAAACGAAUUCGUUAAAUUCAGGACAUCAUGAGAGGGAACCUGAAUUGUAAAGACCUAUACAAACAGAAAAUGCUAGCAGUUAAAUAAACCCUUUUAGUCAUUCCUUUAUUUUGAAGGAACAAACUUAAACAAAAAUAACAUUAAUAAAAUCUUGGGAUAUUAGAGAAAUAGAACAGAUUUUUCAUGAAGUUAAGACUUCCAUUGAUCCAUCCUAGAAUUAUUCAGGGAUUGUGGAAUUAUGCCAAAUGAAUAAUGAACCUUUAGAAAAAAUUAGAUAGAAAUUUAAGUAACUUGUUUUCAAAGAACAUUUGAUGGUAUUAAAUGAAGGAAAAAUACAUUUCUAUACAGUCAGUUUAAAACAUUGCAUAGAUUUAAGUAAAAUGAGGAUUUCAGGAUAUGAUAAAGAUUUACCAUUUAUUCCGUCUCACCCAUUUCCAUUUUAAAUAGUUAUAGAUGAGAAGGCUUAAGUUGUUGGAUCUUAUUUGAAGGUCCAAAAGUUUGAAUAGCCAAAUAAACAGAAUAAAAGUGGUAUGUCACAAAUUAAUGAAUUGGAAAAUGAAAACAGUGACAAAGAAGAUUAAAAAAAAGGUUUUUUUGAUUAAAUCUACGAUAAAUUUAAAAAAAAGCCAAAUAUAAAGAAGAAUGAAAUUAGAAUAGUAUUUGGGGCAGAAUCUGAACCUAAAAGAAGAUAAUGGAUAUUCUCUUUGAAUUAUUAUAAGUCUAAUCAAACUGAUUUGGAAGAAUUAUUAAAGCCUUCUUAUCGAUCAUCCUUUUAAACACCUAUAAUGUCUCAAGGGAAUUAUACUCCUUCUAGAUCCUUCAUAAAAUCUGCAUAGCACACUUUACCACAAUAGCCUACUCAAUAGAACUUCUUUAUAGGAGGGAAUCACACACAUAUAAACGUUGGAAUCUUCUUGAAUGAUGAGGAUGACUAUUACAAUGUGUUUUAACAUUAGAAUCAGUUUUAAAGCACUAGUCAAGCUCAAAACUAAAUGAUGAAUCAAGAUUUGGGUUCAAAAAAACAAUUGACUUAACCCAAUAGGAUACAUUGUCAUACAGAUCCUAAUGAUUCCCCUCAGAAAGAAUAAAGACUAAUAACUUAGCCCUCAAAUGGGGCUCAAAUAACUUCAAGAUAGAUCUAUUCAACUUCAUCAGUGGAGUUAUGGCAAAAGUUUAUUUUAGCAUUUUUUCGAUUUUUAAUAAAAUCAAAAAAUCAUCAACCUGAAGAAGUUCAAGAACCAAAAAUUUAACAAUUAUAUAACAGAUAAUUAAAGAUAUGUAAAUAGAAAUGA